AUGGCGGUGACUGCAGCCCUGUCAGCUGCAGCUGCGGCUGCGGCCCUAUUUGGCCUGGCAAUGCAAUUGUCGCGUUGGGCGGCGAUGCGCGGCCCCUACAGCGCUUUCUCCAAGGGGCUCACGCGCACGCUGCUCACCUUUUUCGACCUGGCCUGGCGGCUGUGUGUAAACUUCCCCUACUUUUAUAUGGUGGCCUCGGAGAUGCUCAACGUCCGCCUGCAGGUGCGGAUCGAGUGAGCCAUCGCCAGCCACAACGGCGGCCACUGGUGGA